AUGGACGGAGAUUAUUAUUCACCCUCUGGAACUAAGCGUGGCAAUGACGAUGGCAUGCAGGUUAAUGAUGGUAUGGGAGAUUCAAAUGAUGCUAAGAAGGCAAAGUUUGACAAUCAGGCUAAUGGACCUUCACGAGUGGUUCAUGUACGCAGCUUGCCCAAUGAUGCAGGCGAGACAGAUGUUGUCCAGCUUGGCCUGCCUUUCGGUAAAAUGACCAACGUCCUGCUGCUCAAACAAAAGAAUCAGGCAUUCUUGGAGUUUGAGGACGAGACCAGUGCCAUCAACAUGGUGUCCUACUUCAAAACCAACCCAGCCCAAGUGCGUCUCAAGUCUUGCUAUGUCCAGUUCUCCAACCACAAGCAACUCAAAACUGAUAGUUCCAAUUCACUGAACUCAGGUGUGCAGUUUGCCCUGCAAGCAGCACAAGGUCUGCUUGGAGCUGGAGGAGGAGGGGGAGGACAUGGAGGCGAACGAACAGUCCUCAGAAUCAUCGUGGACAAUGUGUUGUACCCAGUCACCUUGGAAGUCUUGCAUCAGCUGUUCUCCAGAUUUGGAAAGAUCAUGAAGAUUAUUACCUUCACCAAGAAUAACACAUACCAGGCGCUUCUUCAGUUUUCAGACCCAGUAUCUGCUGCAGCUGCUAAAGAUUCUCUGGACAACCAGAACAUCUACAACGGCUGUAACACUCUAAAAAUUGACUAUUCCAAGCUGACUAACCUCAAUGUCAAAUACAACAAUGAUAAGAGCAGGGACUUCACCAGGCCUGACUUGCCUUCUGGCGAUAACGGAAUGGACAAUGAUAUGGGGAUGGGAAUGGGAGCUGGCAUAUUGGGCUCAGGUGCUAAUGCAUUGGGUCUGGGCCUUGGUGGCUUCAACUUUAAUGGAAAUCAGCUGGGUAACCGCAUGGGAGGCGGCAUGGGCAACAUGGGAGGCAUGGGUGGUGGCAUGAACCAAGGAGGGGGCGGUGGCUCUGGCACACCCUGUAUCCUGGUGUCUAACCUGGACGAGGAUAAAGUCACUCCAGAUGCUUUGUUUCAACUGUUUGGUGUUUAUGGUAACGUGCACAGGGUAAAGAUCCUCUUCAACAAAAAAGACAAUGCACUGAUACAGAUGGCAGAUCCAUCUCAAGCUCAACAAGCCAUCACAUACUUGGACAAGGCUCGCUUGUGGGGAAAACAAUUGAGAGUGGCCCCAUCUAAACAUCAGCUGAUCCAGAUGCCCAAGGACGGACAGUCGGAUGCUGGUCUCACUAAGGACUACGUCAACUCACACCACCACAGAUUUAAGAGGGCCGCUUCCAAGAACUACAUAUUCCCUCCUACUUCAGUCCUCCACUUGUACAACGUAUCUACCUUAGAGGAAGAUGACAUCCGUAGUCUGUUCUCCCAGUAUGGAACAGUGAAGGCCUUUAAAUUCUUCAACAAUGACAGGAAGAUGGCUCUGCUGGAGAUGUCUUCUGUUGAGGAAGCAACUCUGGCUCUCAUGGGUCUGCACAAUUACCAGGUGGAGGACAAUCUCCAUAUGAGGGUCUCCUUUUCCAGGUCCACCAUCUAA